AUGCCUUCGGCCAUUGUGAUUAAGCAGGUUCCAGGCAAGCCAGGACAGGUCUACUACCCGCUGGAAAAGAUCACCGUGCCUGAGCCCACGCCCAAGGAAAAUGAGGCCGUCAUAACCCUCACAGCAGCGGCCCUCAACCACCGUGACCUCUUUAUCCGCCAACACCUCUACCCCGGCACAACCUUCGGCGUGCCUCUUCUCGCAGACGGCGUCGGCAUCGUAACAAGCACAGGCUCUUCGGCGACGGCCAAGCCAUGGCUCAACAAGCGCGUCCUACUGAACCCCGGUACAGGCUGGAAAGACAGCCUCGAAGGGCCAGAGCACCCAAAGGGGUACGCCAUCAUGGGCGGGACCAAGUCCAAUCCCGUGGGCACACUCCAGGAUGUGUGCAUGCUUGACGCAGGGGAACUAGAAGAAUGCCCCGAGCACCUGAAUGACGAAGAGGCUGCUGCGCUCCCCCUCACAGGCCUGACCGCAUGGCGCGCAUUCCAGGUCAAGAGCGGCAAUGCCGUUGCCGGCAGAAACAUCUUGGUCACGGGCAUUGGCGGCGGUGUCGCCCUCAUGGUGCUGUCUUUUGCUGUCGCCCGUGGAUGCAACGUCUACGUCACCAGCGGGAACCAAGAUAAGAUCGACAAGGCUGUCAAGUUGGGCGCCAAGGGCGGUGUUAUUUACAAGGAGAAAGAUUGGGACAAGAAGCUACAGGCUAUCCUGCCAAAGGACAGGCCGUACCUUGAUGCUAUUGUCGAUGGCGCUGGAGGCGAUGUCAUCAAGGUCGGAAGCAAGCUUCUCAAGGCUGGCGGUGUUAUCUCCGUCUACGGCAUGACAGUCUCGCCCAAGAUGGACUUCCUCAUGUCCGCCGUGCUGCGCAACAUUGAAGUCCGCGGCUCUACCAUGGGCUCGCGCAAGGAGUUCGCAGAAAUGGUCCAAUUUGUGCGCGACACAAAGAUGAAGCCGGUUGUAAGUCGCAGUGUGCACGGAUUGGAUGUCGAGAAGAUCGACACGCUCUUUGACGAUAUGAAGAACGCCAGCCAGUUUGGAAAGUUGGUUGUUACUCUUGGGAACGGGAAAGCAAGUAAGUUGUGA